CUCCAAAGAGACAAAGGGAAGAGGAAUGGCUCCUUUGGGUUACCUCCUGUGUGCUGCUGCCCUUGGGAGGGGCUGGAAGAAAGAGAGAGACAGACCGACAGACAGACAGACAGACGGAGGGAAGGGGAGGGGGAGACGGACAGAGACAGAGAGACAGCAGAAGGGGUGCAUGGGGGUGCAGGCAGGCUCAUGUUCACUGCACCAGAGCUCAGCUCUGAACUGGGAGGACUCUGUGCUCUUCCCUCACCAGCUCACUCUUUCCCCAAGCUGGCUGGGCUCUGCAGUUUGAUUGGAGCAGAGUUACCAGCUGCAGUGCUGCUCCUCUCCCCCAUUUUCCCUCCCCCUCCGGGUGUCCUCGUCCUCCUCCCCCCAGCCUCUCCUCCUCUCUCCUCCCUCCCUCCCUCCUUCCUUCCCCUCCUCCCCUGGCUCUUCUCUGAGCCGCAGUCAGUCCGCAGAUACUUUGGCAGAUGCUUCUGCCCGCAGCAGCCCAAGCUCCGGGAAUCACCCAAGUGGCUUUGUGGGGGAGGUCGAGCGUGCCCAGCACCCAGCCCUGGAGAGAGAAAGGCAGGGCAGGGAGCCGCUGCUGAAGGAGCCCAGACACAGUGGUCCAGAGAUCCCCCCAAGAGCCAAUGGAGGAGAUGCCUGUUCUCGGGAAGGGAUCGGAUCCAGUCCCUGGCCAGGAGAGCUGCCAUGGAGCCCUCCAGACCCAAGAAGACCAGUUCUGAGGAGGAGGAGGAGGAAGAGGAAGAGGAGGAGGAGGAGGAGGAGGAGCGCUACAUCAUCCCCCCCAGGAACAUCCUGAAGCUCGAAAUGGUCCCCAAUCUCAGGAGAAGCAAUAGCGGCCGCUCCAAGAACAAGAGACCCCAGUAUGCUUUUGGCAGCAAUGAGAAGGAGAACCUGAGCUCGUGGAUCCCGGAGAACAUCCGGAAGAAGGAAUGCGUGUACUUCGUGGAGAGCUCCAAGACUUCCGACUCUGGGAAGGUGGUGUGUGAGUGUGGCUACACACGGGAACAGCACCUGGAGGAGGCCACCAAGCCCCAGGUGUUCCAGGGUAAAGAAUGGGACCUGAAGAAGCACGUCCAAGAGAUGCCCACCGACGCCUUUGGGGACAUUGUCUUCACCGGCUUGGGACAGAAGGUGGGAAAGUACGUACGUGUGUCUCAGGACACUCCCCCUGGCGUGAUCUACCACCUCAUGACGCAGCACUGGGGCCUCGACGUGCCCAACCUGCUGAUCUCCGUCACUGGAGGGGCGAAAAACUUCAACAUGAAAGUCAGGCUGAAGAGCAUCUUCCGAAGGGGCUUGGUCAAGGUGGCCCAGACGACAGGGGCCUGGAUCAUAACUGGGGGCUCCCACGCGGGGGUCAUGAAGCAGGUCGGGGAGGCCGUGCGCGACUUCAGCCUGAGCAGCAGCUACAAGGAAGGCGAAGUCAUCACCAUCGGCAUCGCCACCUGGGGCACCGUGCACAAUCGGGAGAGCCUCAUCUACCCCUCGGGAGGCUUCCCCGCCGAGUACAUCUUGGAUGAGGAGAGCCAAGGGAAUCUCUCGUGCCUGGACAACAACCACUCGCACUUCAUCCUGGUGGACGACGGGACUCACGGCAGAUACGGGGUGGAGAUCCUCCUGAGGACCAAACUGGAGAAGUUCAUCUCCGAGCAGACGAAGGAAAGAGGAGGGGUGGCCAUCAAGAUCCCCAUCGUCUGUGUGGUCCUGGAGGGAGGGCCUGGCACGCUGGACACCAUAUUCAACGCCAUGACCAACGGCACCCCCUGCGUGAUCGUGGAGGGCUCGGGGCGCGUGGCCGACGUCAUCGCUCAGGUGGCCAACCUGCCCAUCUCGGAGAUCACCAUCUCCCUGAUCCAGAAGAAGCUGAGCUCGCUCUUCCACGAGACCUUCGACACGUUCACCGAGAGCAAGAUCGUCGAGUGGACCAAGAAGAUCCAGGACAUCGUGCGGAAGAGGCAGCUGCUCACCAUCUACCGGGAGGGCAAAGACGGCCAGCAGGACGUGGACGUGGCGAUCCUCCAGGCCCUGCUGAAAGCCUCGAGGAACCACGACCACGUCGGGCAUGAGAACUGGGACCACCAGCUGAAGCUGGCCGUGGCCUGGAACCGGGUGGACAUCGCCAGAAGCGAGAUUUUCACGGACGAGCGCCAGUGGAAGCCCUCCGAUCUGCACCCGAUGAUGGCGGCCGCCCUGAUCACCAACAAGCCGGAGUUCGUGAAGCUCUUCCUGGAGAACGGGGUCCGCCUCAAGGAGUUCGUCACGUGGGACACGCUGAUUUACCUCUACGAGAACCUGGCGCCGUCCAGCCUGUUCCACAGCAAGCUGCAGAAGGUGCUGACGGAGGAGAUGGAGCGCUCCGCCUACUCGGCCCUGCCCAAGAUCCAGAUGCACCACGUGUCGCAAGUGCUCCGGGAGCUGCUCGGGGACUUCACGCAGCCGCUGUACCCCAAGCCCAAGCACAGUGAGCGGCCCCGGCUGUCCCUGGCGGUGCCUCACAUUAAGCUCAAUGUGCAAGGAGUGAGCCUCCGGUCUCUCUACAAACGUUCUCCAGGCCGUGUCACUUUCACUAUGGACCCUGUCCGAGACCUCCUCAUUUGGGCCAUCGUACAGAACCGCAAAGAACUGGCAGAAAUCAUCUGGGCCCAGAGUCAGGACUGCAUCGCGGCGGCCUUGGCCUGCAGCAAGAUCCUGAAGGAGCUGUCCAAGGAGGAGGACGACACGGACAGCUCCGAGGAGAUGCUUACCCUGGCGGAGGAAUACGAACACCGGGCCAUUGGAGUCUUCACUGAGUGCUAUCGGAAGGAUGAGGAAAGAGCCCAGAAGCUCCUUAUUCGAGUCUCCGAGGCCUGGGGGAAGACGACCUGUCUCCAGCUGGCUCUGGAAGCCAAAGACAUGAAGUUUGUGUCCCAUGGGGGCAUCCAGGCCUUUCUGACCAAAGUCUGGUGGGGGCAGCUGUGCGUGGACAAUGGCCUCUGGAGGGUGAUUCUGUGUAUGCUGGUGUUUCCCCUUCUCUACACAGGUGUCAUCUCCUUCAGAGAGAAGAGGCUCCAGCCGGUGAGCUGCCUAGCCCGCUUCCGAGCCUUCUUCACGGCACCGGUGGUGAUCUUCCACCUGAACAUCCUGUCCUACUUCGCCUUCCUCUGGCUCUUCGCCUACGUGCUCAUGGUCGACUUCCAGCCCGUGCCAUCCUGGCGGGAGCUCGUCAUCUACUUCUGGCUCUUCUCCCUGGUGUGCGAGGAGACGCGGCAGCUCUUCUACGACCCCGACGGCUUCGGCCUGUUGAAGAUGGCCUCGCUCUACUUCAACGACUUCUGGAACAAGCUCGACGUCGGUGCUAUCCUCAUCUUCAUCGCCGGGCUCACCUGCAGGUUGAUCCCAGCCACCCUGUACCCCGGCCGGAUCAUCCUGGCCCUGGACUUCAUCAUGUUCUGCCUCCGCCUCAUGCACAUCUUCACGGUCAGCAAGACGCUGGGGCCCAAGAUCAUCAUCGUGAAGAGGAUGAUGAAGGACGUCUUCUUCUUCCUCUUCUUGCUGGCCGUGUGGGUGGUGUCCUUUGGGGUCGCCAAGCAGGCCAUCCUCAUCCACAACGAGAGCCGGGUGGACUGGAUCUUCCGGGGGGUGGUUUACCAUUCCUACCUGACGAUCUUCGGGCAGAUCCCAACCUACAUUGAUGGGGUGAACUUCAAUCCGGAGCAGUGUAGCCCCAAUGGGACGGACCCAUACAAGCCCAAGUGCCCCGAGAGCAGCGACGUCAACAACAAGCCCGUGUUCCCUGAGUGGCUAACGGUGAUCCUCCUCUGCCUCUACCUGCUCUUCACCAACAUUCUGCUCCUCAACCUCCUCAUCGCCAUGUUCAACUACACCUUCCAGCAGGUCCAGGAGCACACGGACCAGAUCUGGAAGUUCCAGAGGCACGAUCUGAUUGAGGAGUACCAUGGGCGGCCACCAGCGCCCCCCCCCUUUAUCCUCUUCAACCACCUGCAGCUCUUUGUCAAAAGGGUCAUCUUGGGCAAGCCCGCCAAGAGGCACAAGCAGCUCAAAAAGAAGUUGGAGAAGAAUGAGGAAGCCACCCUGCUGUCUUGGGAGAUCUACCUGAAGGAGAACUACCUGCAGAGUCAGCAGUACCAGCUAAAGCAAAGGACAGACCAGAAGAUUGAGGACAUGGGCAACAAGAUUGACAUCAUGAUGGACCUGCUGGACUUGGAUCACCUCAAGAGGAUGGGCUUUGUAGAGCAGAGGCUGGCGUACCUGGAAGAGCAGAUGUUCCAGUCCACCAAGGCCUUGACCUGGAUCAUCCGGGCGCUGAGGGACAACGGCUUCGGCUCCGAGGACGAUGUGCCCGUCUUGGUCUCCCGGAAGAUGUCGGAUGGGAAGGAAUACGAGUCAGGAGACAAGCAUGAAGACACCGAGGACUUGUACCACGUGAAUGCGCGCCACCUGCUGUACCCCAACUCCACUGUCAUGCGUUUCCCUGUGCCCAAUGAGAAGGUGCCCUGGGAGCAGGAAUUCCAUAUCUAUGAUCCUCCCUUUUACACGGCCGAGAGAAAGGAGAAGGCCACCUCGGACCCGGUGGGAAAUUCUCUGGAGUCUCUGUCCAGGAUCAAUUACAAUGCCAUGGAUGGGCUGAUCAACAGACAAAGUUUCCACGGACCGUACAUGGUCCAGGACGGGCUCUCCCUGAACCCCAUGGGACGCACGGGACUGCGAGGGAGGGGGAGCCUCUGCUGCUUUGGACCGAAUCACGCCCUGCACCCUGUUAUUACACGCUGGCGGCGGAAUCAAGAUGGGGCCAUUUGCAGAAAAAGCAUAAAGAAGAUGCUGGAGAUCUUGGUCGUCAAGCAUGCGCUUUCAGAACACUGGGCUUUGCCAGGGGGAUCUCUGGAGCCUGGCGAGAUGCUGCCCCGCAAGCUGAAGAGGAUCCUGAGCCAAGAAUUCUGGCAGUACUUUGAGGCCCUGCUGAAGCAGGGUGCCGAGGUCUACAAGGGCUACGUGGACGACCCGAGGAACACAGAUAACGCCUGGAUAGAGACCAUCGCCAUCAGCGUUCACUUCAAGGACCAGAACGACCUGGAGCUGAAGCGGCUGAACUCCCAUCUCCAAGUGUGCGACCCGGAGGUGUCCAUCCGAUGGCAGGUGGUAGACAAGCGAAUCCCGCUCUACGCCAAUCACAAGGAGAUCCUGCAGAAGGCCUCGGCCCUGUUCGGCGCCUAUUACUGAGGCUGCCGCUGCACUCCCAGGCCCUGGUGCUGGGGGACAGCCGAGGGCUGGACUUUGAGCCUGGCUCCUCAGUCUCCAGGCAGUCCCUGUGGACUCGUCACCGUCCUCUGGGGGCAGCACUGAGACUCCUGGGGGUGCGGGCAGCUGCCAAGCUGGGCCUCUUGGCCCCCUCGCUAUCCAGACUGGCAGCCCUGACUUCGGGGAAGGGGGUGGCCUUAAAGCCCAGGGCGGAGCCUUAGAGCACGAGCUGGUGUCUUGGGGAGGGGCGACCCCUUUCUUCUCCUUCCUUCUGCCCAUCCAUCCCCCAGGAGCCCCAGCGAGGCCAGCCCCCGCCUCCUGUCUGCUUCUCUUCCCCCAGCACCAUCCCUGGCCCUCUCCAGGCCCUCCAACUCCUGCUGGGCUCCACAUUCUCAUGAAAUUGUCUGUGGGCAUCCCAGGGGAGCAGUGUGGGGACGGAGGGGGCCUUCACCUGUCCCCAGCAGGUGCCAAGCUGUCACGAGGGCAGUCUGAGCAUCCUCGGGGCCCUCGGUGUUUGUCGAAGGACCUCGAAGCCCGGGCCAGCUGGCACCAGAUAGGAUAUUAAACUUCCUCACUGGC